AUGUUGAGCACCCUUUUCUUCGAUGGUGCUGACGCUACCAGUGCACUUCACGUACGCACAACUCUUGAAGAUCGCUUGGGUGAUGCACCUGCACGUACCGCAGCUGACAAUGUUGUUUCAUAUCAGGCGAUGGAUUUCCCCAGUAGCGGGUCGAUUCCGGUUCCAUCACUGCGCGCCACACUUUUGUGGUGGUUGGAUCGUGAUGAGCCGCUGGUUCACAUAUUGCUAACGGGAAGCACAGUCGGAGAUAUGAGUUAUUCUUCCCGUAAACUGUCAGUGGAGCUGGUAUCACCGCGGCACACUAUUAUUGCCUGUGGUGUUACACACGUGCGAGAUCAGGCGGUGUUUGCCGUGUCGUGGGUAACUUCUCUUCUCGAAGCAGGGGCUUUGCAAAUUCAGCUGCAAAGGAGUAGUGAUCAUCACAGCCAAUUGCUUAUUGUUCCGGAUGAACAAGCAGUACUAACAUCGCGCUUCUCGGGUGUGGCGGCGGCGUUUGAGUAUGAUGCGUCAGUGGUUCAGGCGAAGUCAAAUGGCAAUGGAGGUAACGUCGAUGACGAAGAGGGAAACGGGUCAGAACCCACAUUGUGUGCCUCGGUUAUUGCGAGCCUGCCGCAGGCCGCCGCCGCCGAUGGGCUGCUUUCUGUCAUUCUGUUAAGUAACGGCUGCAGGUUGUGGCGUGUGGAAAUAGCCAGUGAUGGUACCUUUGUUGAGCAUGAGUUCAAAGAUGCAAGUGGAACUAGUGAUAGCGAUGGGGAGUUUUUAGGCGGCAGUUUACUUCCGUCAUGGCUCCUCACGUGGUCGCAAGAUCAUAGGGAAAAGAGCCACCGGCGGUACAUCGCCGUGAGUUCCGUGCAGCUGACCCACUACUUUGCCAUUCUUCGCUCUAAUGGCUCAAUAGGAUUGUACGAUGACUCCCUGUCCACCAUUUCAUCAGCGUCAGAGUGUGCCCUAACAAAGGAUGAGAUGGUUUUUAGUCACGCACUUCAGUGGUCCGCGCUUAUCGGUAAUGACGUGCAUGUUGUCACCAGUUUUGGUAGGAAGGAAAUUCGGCAGUGCUUGUGGGCUCGGAUACCCAUCGCAUCAACAAGCGGUGAUGAUCCCAAAACAGUCAAAAUGACGAUCCUCCCACCUUCGUCCACGAGCACCCUUUUGGGGUGUGUUGCCAUAAACCCAACACGUCUUUCCCUUUUGUGGGGUAUUGGGGCAGAGGAGGAUGCAUGUAUUCGUUGUUCGCUUUCUGUUGGUUCACUCAUGCAUGCCAAUGAGCAGGGCUUGUCAGGCAUAUUGCAAAUCAUUGAUGCAGAGGAGGAGUUGGAUGCAGAUGGCGGUUCCAUCAGUGGUUCUUGUGCUUAUUCUUCACUCAGGGAGGCCCAGACUUUCUUCUGUCAUUCUAAACCGCUGCAUGCGCUUACGGCUGUGGGAGAAGAAAUGGUACUGGUAGAAAAGGUUGAUGAGAGCGUACGAGCUCAUGUACUCACCAGUGAUAUGAGUCCGCUCGAGGAGAUGCUGGAAUCUGCCUUUGCCGUUACGAGGCCGGUUGCGGCGACGACGCACUGCACACUACCACUUGCAUCCCUUCAUCUGAUUCCUACGGUGGUUAGAGAAAGCGGAUGUGCGACGGCGGGAAAGCUUGAAGCAUUUUAUGAGGGCAUAGAACUGGCUGCCUCAUGUGCAGAGGCCGCGGAUCACCUUUCGGCCCUUUUGAUCAAUGCAGUGCAUUGUGUUCCAGUCGCAUCCACCCUGGGUGGCUUUCAAUUACUGCGCAGUGCCGCACAUUUACAGGGGUAUACGCCCUCCGGAUUUGUAAACGAGGACGCUAUCAAGGCCGCCAUCGAACACGCAACUAUGUUUUUUGACGUUUCCACAAGGAAGGCAUCGUUCUGUAGCUACUCGAGACACUUUAUUCAACAUACCAUCGCACGGGAUCUCUUGUUGCGCGUUGCUUACCUUACAUGCUCUUUUAUUGGUUGGAUGGGGUCGGACCCUGAUUACCGAACGAGUCCUGAGAUUGCCCGCGUCCGCGCUACUCUUGAACUUUUGUCCGCUGCGUACCAUUCCGUAAGCGUCACAGGCCCUUCAACAGCAACCAUCGUACCUGAAGUGCGUAAAACGGUCGUUGACGAUGCCAUUAGGUUGUUUUUACAAUUUACGGUGGGCGAGGAAGCGGAGGGAAACGAUGUGCUUUUUGCCGUCCGGGUGGCAAACAGGCUAAGGGCCUGCAAUGAAGCUCGCGGUCCAAAAGCUUGUGCAACUUGGUGCAAUCUACUUAGUCGUCGUUAUCCGUGCUUGCAACACUUCCGAAUUAUUCGCUGCAUCGAGGUAGGCCGGACGUCAUGUCCCUCACAACUAGCUGCUAUGUGCCUGGCGACCACCUUUCACUUGGUGAACUGUCCUGUGCCAGUUGCCAAAGCGUUGUUGCUCGACUGUGGGUUGGCCAUAUACAACGACAGCACAUUUCAAACUGCCUUCAACGGUAUAGACGUCAGAGAGUGGUGGGCGCUGCUAGACGAUAGCGGUGACUCCAACGAUGGAAAAAUAAGUGCCGUCAUCGCCUCUGUGUACCGUGUGGCGCUCCUUCGCUGCAUUGUGCACCCCGGUACUUCACACCAUGCGAGCGCUAGUGCAUCGCUAGUUCGUGAGCUGUUUCUUGCGGAACUGAUUCAACUCGGACAGCACCUUCAAGAGUCACGUCUUGACUGUCCUGGGAUCCUUCGGGCACUCACAGAACUCCGCGUAGAUACGCACAUGUUUCUCGCGAGAGCGGCUCUCGACGAUCCCAACUUUGGGGAUGCGUUCCGGUCGAUUGCAGAUGUGCAGCAGAUCGCGGUGGGUCCUGAUAUAAAGACUGUGUGCAUGGAGAAGAUUGGGCUUUUGAUUGGUGAGGUAGUCGAGAUUGCGUCUUCAUCCGAUGAACUUACCGACUGCCUUGUCGACGUCACGCACUGUAGUGCUGAACUAGACACUCUUCUCACGUCCAAGUGGUACUCGUUUAUUGCACGACUAGCUGUCAGAAGCGGUUCAACAGAGGCAGAACAACUGCGAUGGCGCGCAGCAAUUGGCCUGUACCGUUACCUUUGCAAGCGUCACGCAUACGGGCAAGCCGGCCGGAUGAUGACAGACCUUACCACAGCCAUACGUUGCUCAUCGCUUCGUGCGAACGUUGUUGAAACAGUGGUGGAACUCACUUCACUGGCUGUGACCGCGGUGGAACUCAUCUCUCCAAUAGCUCCACUUCAGGUACAAGACAGCGAACCCUUGGAUGGUGCUCAGGAAUCUUCCACAUUUAGUGCGUGCAGUGGUACAGGGUGCUUUUUUACACCAGAGUACGCAGCUGUGAGGGAGCCGUUGGGUCGUGAGCACCUUCCAUGGGUGCGGCGUCGCCAUUAUCAGGCAUAUUGUGAACAGCAACUCCUGAAGGCGAAUCGACGUGUGGACUGCACGGAUUUGUGGGUAGAAAAUCCGCCACCAGCGGCGUACGCCGCUGCAUUGAGACGCUUCGUGGAGGCACUCAUGGAGGCGCGGCUAUGGACUGAGGCUUUGCGGUUUGCAGCUAUGGCAGGGGCUGAUGUUGGUUUGGUGCUUCAAAAUCACGCGCUGGACCUUAUGAAACAUACAAAUUACACCUGCGACGAGGAGGCUCUUGAGGAGUGGGUUAUGUUAGUGGCAAGUUGUGAAGAAUUUUCCACACUUUCUAACAAGUAUUCACCAUUGCGUUCAACUGUUGUCACAGCACUUCUAUGUGACUGCGAAAAGGUGUGCCCUGCGCUCCUAGAUUCUCUCCUAAAGGCCGACCGCUAUGAAGCGCUACAAGCGCUUCUUGAGGUAUUUGAAACGCUGCUUCGCAGAAAUUCCUUCUCCGAAGGAGACGAUAUGACCGACGGAGAGGACCGUAACCACGACUCCUUGACAUCUGCCGCAUGCAAUGAGGAGGAAGGUGAUGAUAAAAGUGACGGUGCGUACAAACCAUGGAUGUUGCUGCUGAAGGCCCUUCAAAUCGGUACCGCCGUUCUCAUGGACUCGCUCUCGAAUGAAGAAAAGUUUGAGCUAAACGAAGCACCGAUGACGGCUGGUGUCUUUGAUCCUAUGGUGCGGAGGGCGAGUGAACUACUGAACUCACCGUUGUUGCUUCAACACCCUUCUCUUGUGAAAGCGGAGGGUACAGCAACGAACUUUUUGAAAUUUGUUGGGUUGGUGAAGCAGAAGAAGUUAGCAGGGCUAUAG